GUUGGUGGGCUCGAAAUGGAAUCAGUCGAGAAAGACCCAGCAGCUGCUUCUUCUGCGACGUCUGCACCAGCAGCCAUGCCGCUGUCAGAGGGAUCAAAACCGGCUCCAAUCGCCGGUCCAGCCUACCAGAUUUCCCAGGAGCACUGCUAUUCUAAACUUGGCCCUUUUCGAAGCACAGCAUCCGCCGGAUUCUUUCCUACCGAGGUCCUCUUCCCUGCUCUGGCGGAUGAAGACGCGGGGGAAUCGGCUAGAGAAGAUGCUACUGGUGAACAUGGUCAUCAUGGAGUGAGAAACGAGGAUGAAGAGGAGGAGGAGGGAGCGGAGGUGGACGUGGUGAGUGUUGCACCUCCCACCAGCCUCCCCUACGACGAGUCGAAGGUGGGGCUCAUCAUGAUGGAGUGUGUGAAGCACCUCAACCUGGUUAAGAUCCCGCCAGAGAACAGCGACCUCCUCCUGGAGAAGGUUCUGCUGGAGUGUGGGUUCCAACAACGUCGGCUCCUCUCCACUCUCCUGCGCAUACUGCAGGGGGACCACCUCGCCAGGCUCACUUGCCAGCAGGCAGCCCAUGAGCCGAUUAAGAGGAGACUGCACAACGACAGAGCAGUCAGACAGUUCCGGAAGGCUCUCAGUGACGUGAACUGGGACCCAAAGCUGGUGACUUGGGCCCACGAGACACUGAUUCAGUUGCUGGACAGUGACCUCCUCCCUGUCUACCUCGAUGUCCUCCAGAUACUCAAAUCUAAAUGCCCUGUGCUGGUGGAGCAAGUAGUCCACUCCAGUCUCAACCUGGUAGGUGGAGAGGCCUUCAGUCUCCUCCUCAAGCGGCCCUGGAACCCGGUCGUUGGAAUGAGUCCAGUAGACAUACAGGUCCAUUUUGAGAAUCCGCCGGUGUUUGUGACUCUGCCCUACUCCUCUGUGGGGCUGGGCGGGCGUCGCUGGCGCCUCUGGCAGUCACAGCUCAGCUCCAUCGGGAAGGUGUACCCCGUCAUAGUCCCCGAGGCCCUCAGUGAGCCCGGGAGCUCUCGGUCGCUGGUGGAGUUCAGUGAGGCCAUUCUUACCCUCUCCCUCUCCAGAGUGAAGGAGCUGCACCACCAGUUUCCCACUAGACCUCUGGUCCUCCUCGCCUGGACUGUGGCCGGGCGAAUUGCCGCCAAGAUAGCUGAAGUGAUUCCCGUGUCUUGUAUCGUGUGUCUUGGUCUUCCAGCACGAGGACUCAACCACAAGUGGGAGGUCUCAUCAGAUCUGUUCACUCAGUGUAACUCUCCCACCAUAUUCAUCGUUGGUAGCAGAGGCACACUUAGCUCUGUGAGCUAUGUAGAGAGACUGCGAACAAGACUUUCGGUGCCAAAUGCACUAGUGGUUGUGGGCGGAGCCGACGACCUCCUGCGGCUGUCCUCGCAGGAUAAGCACAGGGAGGAGGUGUGUCAGAGCAUCGCCGAUCGCUGCAUGCUGGAGAAGAUAUACCGGUUCUUGGUCUACAACCUCCCCAGCUCAUUCCCCGACGAGACCCACAAAACGAUGGCCACACGAAAACGCAAGUCUUCUUCGCACUGCGAUGAAAUCAGUGCCUCGUUUCUGACGCCAGCAGUGUCCAGCAGCUCCAUCGUACUCAACACCCACCCACUGCCCGCGGGGGACGACCCCAGCUGGAACUGCAACCUCAACAACUCUAACGCCUUCCUCAAGUCUUUCCUGAGCAUGAGGCACGGGUCAAGAGGAAGCUUCUCCAGCUGCUCCCCGUCUCCCGUUCACUUUGAUGCAAGGGGAGACUCUGAGAGACCCCCGCCAAUCAAGAUACCACUAGUCGGCGGAGACCUGCCGAAGAUCGGACGACCUCGUUCUAAAUCUACGGCCGACCGACCCAAGAAAAAGGCGACGGUACACUCCCGCUCGCGGAGCAUUGACCCCACUCCGAAAUCCAUCACUGUCGUCCCAUCUACCUCACCAGCCAGGACGGAAGUCUGCAAACUGAACACAAACAACAACAACAACAACAGCAACUCUGCCAGCUCAUCUCCGACCAGGCUACUUCAGAUCCCCUACACCUGCUUCCUACCUCUCCCAGUCACUCCUCCACGGAAUCCCUUCGAGGGCUCCUCUGGCCACAAACUUAACCCUAAAACUCUGAAACAACUUCAGAGAAACUAAACUUUCUGUUCUCGUGAUAAUGUUUCAUGUUGUUGUAAAAAAAUAUUUAUUUGUGCAUAA